UUUAAAUCCAAAUUUACAUAUUAAUUUGGUCAGAGUGAAAGAGGAUACUAAUUAGAGAAUGAGAGCAAUCUCUUCUCACCGUCUUCCUAUAUCCACCUUCCGUUGUCUCUCUUCUCAUGCGGCGGCGCGUGUAGACAACCACCCACAACGCAUUCCCGGACCCACAAAUUUUACCACUCACUUCCAUAUGGAGAAACCCGAAGCUUUGAUUUCGUUUAUCAAGUCAACUUCUAGUAAGCCCCAUUUGCUACAAAUCCACGCCCAUCUCAUCCGCAAGUCUCUCUUUCAAGAUUCAAUUUUUUUCUCAGCUUUCUUAUUUCGUCUUGCUCUCCCGCCAUUGCAUGAUUUGGGUUAUGCUUGUCGGGUAUUUUCAAAAUUUAGAAAACUCGAUGUCUUCCAGUACAACGUCAUGAUUAGAGCUUACGGAAUGAGUGAUUCACCGGGAAAUGGUUUUCUGUUGUAUCAAGAAAUGCUAAAGUCAGGUGUGUCACCCAAUUCUCUAACAUCUUCGUUCGUUACAAAUUGUUGUAUAAAGAGUGGGUCUUUAUUUGGUGGGCUACAGAUUCAUGCUCGAAUUUUAAGAUAUGGGCAUCAAUCUGAUGGACGCCUGCUGACCACACUGAUGGAUUUUUAUUCAUCUAAUGAGAAGUAUACCGAAGCUUGCAAAGUGUUCGACGAAAUGUCUCAUAGAGAUACAAUCGCUUGGAAUGUGUUGAUUUCUUGCUACAUGCGUAACCGACGAACUCGCGAUGCUUUGCGUGUAUUUGAUAUGAUGCAGAGCUCGUAUGAUUGCCAGCCGGACGAGGUUAGUUGUUUGCUGUUACUUCAGGCUUGUGCGAAUUUGAAUGCAUUGGCAUUUGGUGAGGGAGUUCAUAAGUAUUGUGAAGAACAUGGCUUUGACAAGGCAAUGAAUAUCUGUAAUGCACUUAUAACUAUGUACUCUCGAUGUGGUUGUGUCGAAAAUGCUUUUGAGGUGUUUAAGGGAAUGACCGAGAAAGAUGUCGUGUCUUGGACUGCAAUGAUAUCGGGGUUGGCUAGCAACGGUUAUGGCAGAGAUGCAAUUGAGGCAUUUCGGGAGAUGCAGAAUGCAGGUGUUUCCCCUGAUGAUCAGACUUUCACUGGGGUUCUUUCUGCUUGCAGUCAUUCUGGACUACUUGAUGAGGGUAGGAUGUUUUUCAAUAGUAUGAGCAAAGAGUUUGGGAUUUCACCAAACAUUCAUCAUUAUGGGUGUGUGGUUGAUCUAAUGGGUCGUGCUGGUAUGGUAGAUGAAGCUUACAACCUUAUAAAUUCGAUGAAGGUCAAACCAGAUGCAACUAUAUGGAGGACUCUACUAGGAGCUUGUAGAAUUCAUCACCAAGCUGACCUAGGAGAACAUGUCAUUGAGCAUUUGAUUGAACUUAAAGCACAAGAAGCCGGAGAUUAUGUACUACUGUUGAAUAUUUAUUCAUCGCUUGGUGAUUGGGGUAAGGUAAUAAACGUGAGAAAAAUGAUGAAAGACAGGGGAAUCCAAACCAACCCUGCUUGUAGUACUAUUGAGUUCAGAGGAGAAAUACAUGAAUUCGUUGCAAAUGACUUUAUGCAUCCAAGAAAGACUGAAAUUUACGAGAUGCUGGACGAGAUCAAUCAGCAACUGAGGAUAGCAGGAUACGUUGCUGAGACAAUGUCAGAGUUGCACAAUGUGGGUACGGAAGAGAAGAAGAUUGCAUUAUCAUAUCACAGUGAGAAAUUGGCUAUUGCUUUUGGGGUUCUAUCUACUCCCCCUGGCACGUCAAUUAGAGUUGCAAAAGACCUCCGGAUUUGUGUUGAUUGCCAUAACUUUGCCAAGAUAUUGUCUGCAGUCUAUAGUCGGGAAGUUGUUAUUAGAGAUCGGAACCGCUUCCAUCAUUUCAGAGAAGGUCGAUGCUCGUGCAAUGACUAUUGGUAAUUGUAAAAUGUUUACCCAGUAAAUUCUGGAGCAGAAUGAAAGCUGGACUCGUAAAGAUUUAUCUUUUGAAAGGAUGAUGACAAUGAUAUGCAAUGUGGUGUAUAGAUCACACUUAUAAUAUCAGAGUCAGGAGAACUCUAGCUGUACAGGAAAGAGAAUUCCAUUGUCAGCUGAAUACAGAUUGAAGCUAGAUUUAACUAGACCCAUAGGCAGAGAGAGAAUCUAUAAUAUAUAUCAAAUAACAGGAUGCAGUUGAUUUUGCCAUUAGUAAGUGUUGUGAUUAGUAUACUGGCUUAACUUUCCAUGCUUAUGGACUGAACUGAACGAGUUUCAAGCUGGGAAAAUUGUUGAAUUUGCUAGAUGGAAGACAGUGGCUGCAAAAGGACUGUAAUCAAAGGGAUGUUUACAUAGAACAAACGCAAACUGGCAAAGUGAUUUAUAAUAAAAUCUCGAAGGCCUUCUUAUCGAAGGACUGUUCAAUUCCUUCCCCAUCCUCUUUCGUGUUAAA